ACUGUUUUGAUUGACAGUUCUUCCUUGCGUCGGUAACAAUGGAAAGAGGCGUGGUUAUAGUCAGGAAGUGGGCGUGUCGUUAACUAGAGUCGACCAAUCAGCGUCUGCAGGAGGCGUGGUCUCUUUCAAGGGAUGUGAGGAGAAAGGGAGCUAAACAGUAAGCAGGCAGAGAGCGAGAAAAGCGGCGGAGGAGGGGAUGUUUGUGUGUCCGCUGGUCGGUGCUGCAGGUACGGUCACAGCCGGAUAACAGCUUUCAUAGCGCCGCAUCGGACCGCGGCGAGUCCGCCUCGGAGUUCCCCCGUUUUCUUCACCACCAAACGCGCACAAUGUCCGGCGGGGGAGACAUCCACGUCCUCCGCCAAGACUCCGGCCAAGAGAGUCCGAGGAUGCCGGCCUGGAAGCGAGAAAUCCUGGAGAGACGGAAGGCAAAGGGCGGCGUUUCCGCGGGGAGCUCGGCCCCGGAGACGAGCCCCGGCGGCGCCGCGGGGUCGCAUCACGUAAACGGGGAUGUAACGGGGAAUGUGAACGGUAACGGCGGUGGUAGCGCGAGGAGAGACGGGGGGGCGAGCGGCGUGUCCGGGCGGAACUACACCAUCACCACGGCCAGCCAACAUUUCGCCAACAACAAAGAGCCCCGAGCGGCGGCCGCGGAGAGGACGGCACCGAGGGAGAGCCUGGUGCUCCAGGAGAGUCUGGGUCCGCUGGAGGAGAACCCGUUCAUCAAGCUGGAGAAGGAGCGCCGGAAGCGGCAGGACCAGGAGAACGCCGCCCGCCCGGUCCAGCACAUCCUGGAGCUGUACGGGAGCGUCCCCGGGAUCCGGACCAUCCGGGCCGAGAACAUCAUCAUCAUAGAGUCGGAUCCGGGCUACUUCCCGGAGGCCGGAGAGAGUAAAGGCUGGCAGCACAACGGGGUGGACACCUACAGCUCACUGAACGACCUUCUGGACCGGAGAGGCAGCGCCGUGACGGAGAUCAGAGCCAAGGAGGUGGUCAUCUACGACACCACGCUAAGCCGGAGUGAGGAGAACCUCAGCACCCUGGGCCGCCCUGACCCCGAUGGCCCCCGAGACACCGGGGAGGGCCAAGGCAGGGUCAGCCGGAUCCUCCAGAAGUUCGACUGUAACUACGGGAAGCUUCAGAAGAAGUCGCACAGCACGGAGAACCUUCUGGACCUGGAUUGUAGUGCCAGUGCCAGGCCAAGACAUUGGGCCAAGCCACAGCCAGAUCUGGUGCCAAAGCCCAGGCCAAGUCCGAGCGUCAGCAGCCAGCCAACAUCACCCGUCUUCCAGACUCCUUGGACUUCCAAAGCAAAGCCACAGCCGGAUCACCACCCGGGCUCACCCCAGCCUGUGUCGUCCUUCCGGCAGAGGUUUGAAGGGGGCGUCGUCCCCAAAGACGAGCCAGACAGAGGGCAAAGCAAGCCCACCAGGGAGCGCGACUGGGAGGCCUCGGAAGUGUCCCCCAAACCCAAGGUGCCAUGUUCUCCGGAGACCCGCCGGGCCCGUGCCGAGUCCUCCUCACUGCCCGUCUCUUCCAAGGUCUUACAUGCGUCGUCUGAGUUUGAGAUUCGUCCCUCCCCGAAGCCGGACAUCGACCAGAUCCCAGACGGGGACAUCCAGGCUCGGGCCCUCGCAAACCUCCGUCUGCAGUCCAAGAACUCCUUCACUGUGGUCCCCAAGCGAAACUUACAAGCCUCGACUGCGGCCAUCAGCCCCGGACCACCAAGUCCGACCAAGUCCUCGCCCUUGCCAGGAGUGCCAACACCCCCCCACUCCCCAAUGAAGAAGAAAGAGGAGAAAGUGCAGAAGAAGAAGGAACCGGAAGUACCCCCUUCUCCGUCCUCUCCACCGGUCGUGACCUCACCAGCCUCACCAGUCUCUCCAGCUCCGAAGCAACCCCCCGUGGACAAACUGCCGGUCACAAACAUUGACGACAUAGAGGUGGAGCCCCCGCAGCGCGUCCCGGUCCCCAGCCCCAUGGUGCAGAGGAAAAAGGGCAACACCUUCACGGUGGUGCCUAAGCGAUCGGCGGACCCCCAGAAGAGCCCAACGGAGCCCCAGCAGGAGGCUCCGGCUGAGGCCCCGCCGGGGUCCACGCCCCCGCAGCCCCAGUACGCCCAGCUGGGCAGCCUGCUGAAGAAACGCUACCCUGCUGUGGAGGAGAUCCAGGUCAUCGGAGGGUACCUGAGUCUGGCCAAGUCCUGCCUGUCCAAGACCGGCUCGGUGGGCAAGAAGCUGAAGAUCUCGUUCAACGAGUCGAGCCUCCAGAGCACCUACGAGUAUCCGUCAGAGAGCAGCGUGUGGGACAGCGGCGAGGAGGACGAGGACGACAAGCGGGACAGGACGCCAGCGGACGAGCAGCCCAGCAUGGUGGGACGUUUCCACAUCCCUCGACCCAGCCUGGUCGGAUCGCCGGUCCACUCCGAAAACGGAAAUGACCUUUCCAGCUACAUUCCCAAGCACUCUGUGGACUUCAACACCUGGCAGGAAAACAAACAAGAMGACAAAGUUUACCAGGAAGAAGCCACUUCGCCGCAGGUCACAGAGGAGGUCAUGGUAAGAGCCAAGAAACACCCAAAGGAAAACUGUUUGGAUCCGAGACGUUUUCCAGCCUCACAUAUUGUUUYUUUUUUUUUUUGUUACUAAUGAUGGUGAAUAAGUUUAAAAUGUAAACAGACCCUGUCAAAAUACUAUGGUGGCAAUAGAAUAAAACAUUAAUAAAACAUUUUUCCACCUUAAAUGCAACAAAAUCUUUAAACUAGAUGCUUGUAUAGCAUUGAUUUUGAUGUAGGAUUGAACUGAUUCAUCAAAUUAAUCGUGAUUAAUCAAUUAUUGAAGUAAAGUAAAGUCCACUAAUUUAGUAAUCGAUUAAUUGGAGUAAACAGACUCAAAAAAGUAAWUUUUAUUAAACAAAACAACAUAUUGAGAGCAGUAAUUAAGGUAAAGCUUUAAUAAGAUAUAUUUAUGUAUAUUUUGGAUUUAUGAUGAUAUUUGACCCAAGUCUGCGACAGACKGGCGACCUGUCCAGGGUGACCCCGCCUCUCACCCGGAACGUUAGCUGGAGAGGCACCAGCAGCCCUCCUGACCCCA